GGGCCAGCGCCCAGGCCUUUGGGUCGGGGCGGCGGUGUCGCGCAGUCUUCUCUUUUAGAGACUGUGGUGGUGGCGGCGGCGGCGGCGGCGGCUCCCUAAUGGUCCCGCUGUAGCCUCACACCACCUUCUUGGAAGGCUGCGACGAGGCAGAAAUGUCGCCGCCGCCGCCGCCGCCGCCUACCUGGCUCCAGCUUAGCUUCAGCUUGUUGCUAGGCUCCUUCUGCAUCGCCCUGGAGCCCGCAGCGCAAGGCCACUCUGCCACAGAUGCUCUGAACGUCCUUCUGAUCAUUGUGGAUGAUCUCCGCCCCUCCCUGGGCUGCUAUGGAGAUAAGCUAGUAAGGUCCCCAAACAUUGACCAGCUGGCAUCACACAGCAUUCUCUUUCAGAAUGCAUUUGCUCAGCAAGCAGUGUGCGCACCAAGUCGAGUGUCCUUCCUCACCAGUAGGAGGCCUGACACCACCCGCCUGUAUGACUUCAAUUCCUACUGGAGGGUACACUCUGGAAAUUUUUCCACCAUCCCCCAAUACUUCAAGGAGAAUGGAUACGUGACCAUGUCCGUUGGGAAAGUCUUUCACCCUGGUAUAUCUUCCAAUCACAGUGAUGAUUAUCCAUAUAGCUGGUCUUUUCCACCUUAUCAUCCAUCCUCAGAGAAGUAUGAAAACACUAAGACAUGUAAGGGACAAGAUGGAAAACUCCACGCCAACCUUCUUUGUCCUGUGGAUGUGGCAGAUGUGCCUGAAGGUACCUUGCCUGACAAACAGAGCACAGAGGAAGCCAUUCGAUUGUUGGAAAAGAUGAAAACAUCAGUCAGUCCUUUCUUCCUGGCCGUUGGGUAUCACAAGCCACACAUCCCCUUCAGAUACCCCAAGGAAUUUCAGAAGUUGUAUCCCUUGGAAAACAUAACCCUGGCUCCUGAUCCCCAUGUUCCUGAUGGCCUACCACCUGUAGCCUACAACCCCUGGAUGGACAUUAGGAAGAGGGAAGAUGUCCAAGCCUUAAACAUCAGUAUUCCUUAUGGACCAAUUCCUGAGGAUUUUCAGAGGAAAAUCCGCCAGAGCUACUUUGCUUCUGUGUCCUAUUUGGAUACUCAGGUUGGACAUCUUUUGAGUGCUUUGGAUGAUCUUGAUCUAGCCCACAACACGAUCAUUGCUUUCACAUCUGAUCAUGGAUGGGCUCUAGGUGAACAUGGAGAAUGGGCCAAAUACAGCAACUUUGAUGUCACUACCCGUGUACCCCUGAUGUUCUAUGUUCCUGGAAAAACAGCCUCACUUCCUGCAGCAGGCGAGAAGCUUUUUCCGUACCAGGACCCUUUUGAUCCUGCCUCAGAAUUGAUGGAUGCAGGCAGGCACACUGAGGACCUCGUAGAACUUGUAUCUCUCUUCCCCACACUCGCUGGACUUGCAGGACUGCCAGUUCCUCCUCGGUGCCCCGUCCCUUCUUUUCAUGUUGAGCUGUGCAGAGAAGGCCAGAAUCUACAGAAGCAUUUGCAGCUCCAUGACUUGGAAGAGGAUCCAUACUUGUUUGGUAAUCCCCGGGAGUCGAUUGCCUAUAGCCAGUACCCCCGGCCUGCAGAUUUCCCUCAGUGGAAUUCUGACAAGCCAAGCUUAAAAGAUAUAAAGGUCAUGGGAUACUCCAUACGCACCAUAGACUAUAGGUAUACUGUGUGGGUUGGCUUCAGUCCUAGUGAAUUUCUGGCUAACUUUUCUGAUAUCCAUGCUGGGGAACUCUAUUUUGUCGAUUCUGACCCACUGCAGGAUCACAAUGUAUAUAAUGACUACCAACAUGGAAGUCUUCCCCGCUCACUGAAGCCUUGAGUUUUGCCAGCCUCAGAAGGCACAUAGGUGUCUCCUUCCCCCUCUGACUUGUGAAAGGAGGCAUUAGACUUAGUUAUCUUUUCCUACCCAUUGUAUUAGACAUAACCUGAGUGGGAAACAAUCAAAACAUGUAUCAGCAAUCUGACCUACGACUAGGUGGCAGGCGGAUCUUUUCAUGUAGUCCUUCUUAAGUUAGAAUUUGACAUUGGAUUUGGGCUAAGCUGAAACUUUCAUUUUAAAAGCUCCCAUAGCUUCAUUACUACACAAGUACAAAGUGAAUUAAGGUGUAAUCAUAUCUCUAUAUCUAAAGACCAUGCUAGCCAGACAUAAUACUGUACUCAAGAAAUCAUUUGCUUGUUGAAUUUAGUGCAUUUCAGAUGCUAACCAUAUGUCUUAAGUAGCCCAGCGUUUUAAGCAUGUUAACAUGGGAUUAAUUUUUUUUCUCAAAUGUGAAAUUAAAGUUGCUUAUAGAAUUAUUACUUCGUUUCUAAGACUACAGAUUUCAAAUUCAAAGGUAAAAUACCCAUGUGAUGAUCAGUGCGGUGUUUCUUCAUUAAUAAUAAAUAAAUGCUUAGUAUAGUUAAAGUUAGGAAAUUCAGUCUACUAUUUCAAUAGUCUUUAGCCCAAAUAAUAAUUUGUUAGUAAAUACUACAACUCUUGAACUCAGUAGCUAUCUGUUAAAAACUCUGUUAUUCACAAGGAAGAGCAUUUGAAAUGGAACUAUUCCCAGGAUUUGAAUCAUUUAAAAUUGUAUUCAUAUUCAUAUUUAGAGAACUACAGAUAUUCAUGUAUCCUGGAGGCAGGAGAUAUUCUACUUUUUGCUAAAGAAAACAUGUUUAUUAAAUGCAAAUUAUCUUGAGGCUUAAUAGAAACUUUUUAUUAAUAGGGUAUAAGUAGUUUUCAGAAUGUAAUUCUGUAUGCCCUAAGUACGGAAGUAACUAGAAGGGCAUGCAGUAAGGAUAAGGUUAUUUCAUUACUGUCAGCAAAGAGAAGUCCUUUCUCUAACAUGGGGAAAACUGUUCAAUUAUCAGGAGUCGACAGUAGUCUAAAACAUUCUGUGUAUUUGGUUUUGUAUUUAAAUGAGUAAUUUCAAUAAUUUUCUUAAAAAUGGCUCAGUGUCUCAAGGUAAAUGUUUUUAAAACAAAAAUAUAGCAAAUAGCUAAUUAGAUUAAAUUACUGUCAUGUAUUAAAUUGUAACUAAAAAGUCAAGAUACUACUUUGAAGUCUGUAAAAUUUCAAAGACAGAUUGUUGUUUGUACCAAUUGACCUAUGGUAGAGUGGUAGCUAAUAUUCCUUUUUUUUUUUUUCUGGAGCAAUUAAGUAACUGUCUUGGCAACAGCAGUUUGUAGUGCUGGUUUGGGAUUGACGGUCCCCAUUCAUCUCUCCUGAGCCCCAGAUUUGUCUGUUGUCCAGAAACUGGCUUUUUUAGAUGCUUUGCUUCCAUCUUUCCUUGUUCUUGAUCUUUAUUGCUCUCAUGAUGUCCACUCAGUGUCAUUUUUACAAUUUAGUUUAGAAACUUCUCACAGCAUGUUUUCAUCUUGUUUAGCUUCAUUUCCUACUUCAUAGUUAGAGGGACAGAUUUUGACACAAGUUUUUAUUUUACAUCUAUUUAUUGUUCCUGUUUGACCAUAGUGUGUAUAUAUAUAUUUCAUUUUUUUUUUUAAUCUCCCAAAGCACAGUUUUAGUGUUACACCGGUCUGAAUUCUGCUUCCAAUGAAGUCAUAAACCUAGUGAUGGCCACAAGGUAUGUGUGGCUAUUUAAAUUUAAAUUCAUUGACACAAAAUAACAUUUUAAAAAAUUUCUGGUACAUUAUAAUUCACACUUAGAACCUUGCCAUCAUAGCAGACUAGACAGAGAUGCCCUGGAUUCGAGCUAGAUGUGUUCACCUUCAUUGGCAGAUUCCUGCUGUCCUAAAUUUGCCCACAAUGAGCAAACUAUGUGUGGUUUAGGCAUAGAGUAGGGAGUUUGCUGUGGCCAUCAGCUUCUUCCUUCCACUCUCAUCGCCAUUGCCUCUGUCCUUCUUUCUUUCCUUCCCAAGAAAUUUACCUUCCCUCCUUUAUCCUCCCCUGUUCCUUAAAGAAUCCAUGUGUCUUCCUAAAAUCCCUCUUGACCCCUGCCCUUUAAGAACACCGUCAGUGCCUACUAAGGGUCUAGAAAGACCUCAGCUGAGCAGUCAGAGUCUUCCCUGGCUCCACAAUACCCCUUCCCUUGGCUGACUCUCCUUGCCAAUCCUUCCCUCCCUGGUCCUUCAAGCCUUUGUCCCCACUUCUUUGCUUGAACCCCUUCACAGCCAUUCUUCAUAGCCUGGCUCCCCUACCCCCUGCUUAGAGGCUGAGGCUAUCAGGACACUCUAGGCUGUGUUAUGGGGGGAAAUGAACACAUCUAAAAUCUGGUAUUUGCUUAAUUUUUUAAAAGGUAUUUUUUCCUCAUUAUGAGUUUGAUAUGUUAAUUAUACAAAAAUUGGAAAGCAGAAAUGCAUUUAAAAGACAAGAAAAUGUCUGAGUGCUUUAUACUAAGAUUGCCAUAUCUUGUUCUUUUUGGAGGUAUGAAUAUUUUACAUUUCUUGAUCCUCUAUGUUGUUUAUAAUACAAUUUCUGCUCGUGCUUUCUCUCUAAACAUUAUGUAUGGUUGGUUACUAGUGAUUUUUGCAGAUAUUUUAUAUUGCUGGUAAUAUCUGUUAUUACAUAGAUUUAUUGUAAUUUUCUCAACCUUCUUUCAGUUUUUAGAAAUUUAGGUUAUUUCCAAAUUUUCAUUAUUACAAAUAAUACUAUGAUCAAUUUUGUGACUACAAUGUUUUUAUGUAUUUCACAGUAUACCCAUAGGCUAGUUUCUGAGUACCAAAGUAUCAAAAACAGCUUCGCUUUCUCCUCAGUCUUGCUAUGAUAGCAUAUUUAAACUUAGAAAAGAAACUCAAAAUGCCUAUAUUAAAACCAUAAUGCCAAAAAGGAAAGUCUGUAGUCCUAUAAUACUAGAGAAAGGUUGUAUUCUGCUUUGAUGUCUGAUUCUUUGGUGAUUAAUGACAUAAACCAUUAUUCUCUCUGUAUAAUAGUUUGGUAGCUGCAUUUCCAAUUGUGUAAUUUUGUGUGGUCAUGUUAUGGAUCUUACCUUUUAAUGUAAUAAAGCAAAUUGUUCCUUU